AGCAUUCUUAGUGUCGAAUGACGGCAGAUCAAGAAGAGAACUCCUGAGUGGAAGUAGCAGUAAAUAGAAUGAAUACUCCUUUUUAAGAGGACGCUCACCGCUCGCUGUUUUCUGCCAACCGAAACACUGGCCAAAAUCCCACGCCGUCUUGUGUGUUGCGCUGGCCUCACGACAGACAGCAAGCUCACUCUGGGGAAUCCCGUCGACUGUGGUUCUGCAUUGAUUACGAGAACUCCUGGCUCACGGCUCGAGAUAAAAGUCAACAUCAUGUCUCACGCCCGCGUCGAAGAGGUGUCCGAUUCGGACCCCGAGGAAGUCUUCCCCUCGGAAACCCUCCCCUCCAAUUUCGCCCAGGACGCGAUCCUCAGACCGGCUGCUGUGCCACCGAUGGCCGCACCGCCGUCAAUGCCCAUGCAGCCGCCGCCGGAGCCCCGUCGCGAGAUCCCGAAACACUUCCAGUGUCUGUACCCGGUGUACUUCGACAAGACCCGCUCGCGCGCAGAAGGGCGCAAGGUGGGCGCCGAGCUGGCCGUGGAGAACCCGCUCGCCAGGGAGAUUGUCGACGCAGUGCAGACGUUAGGGCUCAGCGUCGGGUUCGAGCCGGAGAAGCUGCACCCCAAGGACUGGGCUAACCCCGGCCGGGUGCGGGUGCAAUUGAGAGAUGAGGAUGGGAAGCUGGUGAACCCCAAGAUCAAGAACAAACACCAUCUGUAUAUCCUCGUGGCGCAGUACCUGAAAGCCCACCCCACCACCGAAGAAUCGCCGUACCGUCUCCGGAUUCGCGGCCUGCCGACCCCCGAGAAACUCCCUGGGGCUCCUCCCGCUCCGCGCGGGUGGAAGAUUGGCAAGAUCUUGCCCAUCCAUUCGCCUGCGUACAGCGGCGGCGGCGUCAGCGACAACCCGUUCAAAGAGGCCAUGGCCGAGAUGCAGAAUAUGCAAGGCAUGCCGGGCUUCCCUGGGAUGCCGGGGAUGCCUGGAAUGCCUGGUAUGCCCGGUAUGCCGGGGCUAGGAGAUGCGGCAGCGAGCGGCGGCAAGGAAAAGAAGAAAGACAAGAAGAAGGCGAAAGCCUAGGGUUUAGCUCUCGUGAGAUUGUUUCUCGUCCAAACUGUUUAUAUUGUAUGGCUUGAUGUAUCUUUUUUU